GAUUAUUUUCCAUCCACAUAUAAGACCUUGUGAAGAAUCCUCACAAAUCAUAGUAAGUAAUUAAACCACAACCCUGACAUCCAUUCAUCUUAGCCAUGCUAGCUAGACCUCUAAAAAUUAACACAUCCAUGGCUUACUUCAAGCUUCCCUUCCUCAUUAUCAUCCUUGUUACCUUGCUCAAUUUUUCAACAAGUCACGCACAAGACGACCCUUUUUACCUUUACCAAUAUUGCUCAAGCAACAGAACCACUGCCAACACCUCCUUCCAAAUAAACCUCAGAACCCUCCUCUCUUCCCUUUCAUCUCACGCCACCGGCGACACCCAAUUCUACAACACAACAUUCACCGGAACCAACCCCUCCGACACAAUCUACGCCAUGUUCAUGUGUAGGGGCGACGUCCCUUCUCAGCUUUGUCAAGCAUGCGUCAUAAACGCCACUCAAAGACUCUCCUCAGAAUGCUCCUUGUCCAAAGAAUCGGUGUUUUGGUACGACGAGUGCAUGGUUUGGUAUUCCACCAACCCGAUCUUCACCACCGUGGCCACAACUCCGAGUUUUCACUUGUUGAACACGGGCAACGUCUCGAACCCUCAAACCUUCAUGCGUUUGUUGUUUCAGACCAUGAACCAAACCGGAGAAGAAGCAGCAAGUAACCCUAAAAAGUUCGCCACAAGGGAAGUAUUAGUUUCUGAACUUCAAUCCCUUUAUUGUCUCGUACAGUGCACACCCAACCUUUCACCCCAUGAUUGCAAAACGUGUCUCGAUGAAAUCAUAGGAGAACUUCCAUCAUGUUGUCAGGGAAAAAUAGGAGGGAGAGUUCUAAAUCCAAGUUGUAACAUUAGGUAUGAAAUGUACCCUUUCUUUCUCUCCACUCUUAAUACACAAACACCAAAGCUAGUUCCUGAGACAAAAUUUUCCGAGGAAGACACAAAGUUUUCAGAAGACCCAGUUUAUCUCUCUCACAAUUGCUUAAGUAGCAAAACCUUCACUGUCAGUAGCACUUUCCAGAAAAGCCUCAACACCCUCUUCUCUUACUUGUCUUCCAACGCCACAAACGGCAAGUCGUUUCAUGAUGCAAAUAUAAACAACCAAGUGUAUGGUCUCUUCAUGUGCCGAGGUGAUGUUCCUUCUCCUAACUGUGAACAGUGCGUUUUAAACGCAACUCAUCGAAUGUUAUCAGAGUGUGGUUCAUUUCAAGAGGCUAUAAUUUGGUACAGUCACUGCUUGCUUCGCUAUUCACAUCGGAAUUUCUUCAACAUGGUAGAAAAAAGUCCCGUGUUCUCGAGGCUGAAUAUCACGCGUUUCUCAAGCCCCGAUCAGGGACAAAAAUUCUUCAUUUUCGUGUUGUCGAAUGCGUUGUCGAAAGUUGCUAUUGAAGCAGGGGACAGUGAUGAGAGAUUCGGAACCAAAUCGUUGAAACUGAAUGAUUUGCAAACGCUUUAUACUCUUGGUCAGUGUACACGGGAUUUGACCAGUGAUGAUUGUAAGGGGUGUUUGGGGGAUGUUAUUGGACCCGGAAUUCCAUGGUCUCGUUUGGGGAGUGUAGGGGGAAGAGUUAUGUACCCUAGCUGCAAUCUGCGAUUUGAAUUGGUCCAAUUUUACAAGGAUGGUGACCAAGCUGCUACGCCUUCUUCAUCAGAGAAAAGACAAAACAAGUCUCGGUUAAUUAUCUUAAUUAUUGUGCCCACGUUAGUUUCAAUAAUGGUCUUCUCCGUUGGCUACUAUUUACUAAGGAGACAAGCAAGAAAGAGUUUUAGGACCAUUCUCAAAGAAAAUUUUGGUCAUGAAAGCGCCAUUUUAGAGCCAUUGCAAUUUGAUUUGGCUGUAAUUGAAGCGGCGACUAACAACUUCUCCAAUGAGAACUGUAUUGGCAAAGGUGGAUUUGGAGAAGUUUACAAGGGGAUAUUACCUGAUGGGCAACAAAUAGCAGUAAAGAGACUUUCAAGAAGUUCUAAGCAAGGUGCAAAUGAAUUCAAGAAUGAAGUCUUACUAAUAGCCAAGCUUCAACAUAGAAACCUAGUAACAUUCAUUGGUUUUUGCCUGGGAGAGCAAGAGAAAAUGCUUAUUUAUGAAUACGUGUCAAACAAGAGCCUGGAUCAUUUUUUAUUUGAUUCUAAACGGCAAAAAUUGUUAAGUUGGUGUGAACGCUACAACAUCAUAGGAGGAAUUGCUCAAGGAAUCUUAUAUUUACAUGAACAUUCUCGACUCAAAGUUAUACAUCGUGAUCUCAAACCUAGUAAUAUUUUAUUGGAUGAAAAUAUGAUUCCAAAAAUCUCAGAUUUUGGUCUAGCUAGAAUUGUUGAAAUAAAUCAAGACAAAGGAAAUACAAAUAAAAUUGUUGGAACAUUAGGUUAUAUGUCUCCGGAAUAUGCAAUGCUUGGACAAUUUUCGGAGAAAUCUGAUGUUUUCAGUUUUGGAGUCAUGAUUUUAGAAAUUAUUACUGGAAAAAAGAAUGUAAAUUCAUAUGAAUCACAACGGAUUGGUCAUAGCCUCCUAAGUUAUGUUUGGAAGCAAUGGAGGGAUCAUGCACCGUUAAGCAUAUUGGACCCAAAUAUGAAAGGAAGUUUUCCUGAAAUUGAAGUAAUUAGGUGCGUUCACAUUGGCUUAUUAUGUGUUCAACAAUAUCCUGAUGCUAGACCAACAAUGGCAACAAUUGUUUCAUAUAUGAGCAAUCAUUUGAUUAAUUUACCAACUCCACAAGAGCAUGCAUUUUUGUUGCAAAUGGAUCCAAAAGCAAUUGUACAAGAAUCAAGUUCCAGCCAAUCUUCCACACUAUUGUCCAACAACGAAAUAUCUAUAACCGAAUUUCUUCCUCGAUAGCAAGCUAAUGUUCCCUUUGAUGUGUUGUGAUCUACAGAUAUUUUGGUUGUAUAAAAAAUAAAUGUUAAUUGGAGCUUUCACCGGUAAAUGUCAAAUUAUAAGCUUUUCUUCUCAUUUUA